GUGAAAAUGAAGAAACUAUUUAGGUAAUGUGGUAACUUUAAAAAAAAGAGCAGCGCUGCCAGGGUGGGCUGUAGAAUGAGAAAGCAUUCAUGCAGCAGACAGUGUGUCAGAGAGCAGGGGAAGUCUGACCAAAGUGCUCGGCCUCUUCCUGCCUCACGAUCAGCUCAGGAAGUCGAAGCAGAAACAGAGGGGAGGGCUGACACUCAGAAACAUAUUUUCCCUUUGCCUUUUAGUUUUUCCUUAUUCAGCCCUGCUCCGAUCAACAGGAGGAAGAAAGAGGGGGGCAGAGAGGAGGCGGGGUUUUAGAUGGAGCUCAGAGCAGCUCAGCAGUCAAACAGUCAAUCUGUGGACAUAUGAUGGAGGCCAGCGUUGUUUCUCAGGACACAAGCCACUCAGCCCCUCUGCCAGGAGGACUGGACACUCCAUCCAUCCCCUCAUCCUCUCCCCUGCCUCCUCCUUCGCUGCCCUCCAACCCUCCAGCCAGACCAUGCCGACCCAAACCUCCACCUCCUGCCCUGAAGUCCUCCCAGCUCCCCUCUCGGCCGCCAUUACCUCCCUCUGGCCCUCCAUCCCUCCCUCCUCCUCUCCCUCCUGUCCCUGCUCCGUCUCCUUCUCUCUCCUCCAACCCUGCCCUCCCAUCUCUUCCUCCCCCUCUGUCUCCCAUUCUGGUCUCUCCUUCUCCACUGCUCUCCCCCCAGCCACCCGUCUCCUCUGACCUGACUCCCUCUCCUUCUCUUCCUCCUCCAUUAUCUCCAACAUCAAGCUCUUCCUUGUCACUCCCUCCUCUAUCUCCUCCUGUGAUCCCACCAUCCUCACCAGCGCCUCCAUCAUUGAGUUUUAUGGACCGGCUGGUUGGAAGCUCCACUGUGUGGCGGCCCAAAGGACUCAGCCAAGACCAGAGCACCAGUAUACUGGAGAAAGAGACAGCUGGGGCAUUCCUGGUUCACAGUGCAGAGGACAAGGCCACAGUGAUAUCAGUACGCCUGCCUGAUGAGCACACAGCACCGCUUGUACACAAUCUGCUGGUCAAACAUCACAAGACUUUUGUCCACUUAGAUGGUUCCUCUCUGGUUUUUGAUGACAUCUUCAAACUCAUCUCCCUCUACUGUUCUAGCAGGGACAUCCUGGCUGUACCACUGAGGUUACCUCUGGCCAUUACCACGGCAACUAAGAGAGAGGAGCUGGAGGUCAUCUCUGCUAUGGGUGCAGUUUCAAAGCCUGCCUUGGUUCUGUCUUUUCCUGUCCCCUCCAAUUUCUGGUCAUCUGAUCUGAACCAUCCAGCUCAAAACCAGGACCUGGUUCUGGACCAGAGCCACACCUCUCAGCUUAGCAUGUUCCUGCACAUCAACCCAGUGAUUGUAGAGGAGAGGCCGGAUAAAGACCUGAACCCUCCUUCUACCUCCAGACCUGAAGCCACAACCAUUCAGAGCAUCAACGCCUCCCUGCAGAACGGAGAAACCUCACCUAAAGUGACCCCUCAGGUCAAAGGUCAGACCAAAACCACAUCCAACCAGGAGAUCAAGUACAAGCGCCCCCCACCCCGACCCCCCAGCCUGGGCUCGGGGUCUGGGAUGGGCCUCCUCUUCUCCUCUCCCCCCUCGCUGCAAACGUUACCUUCUGCAAGCCCAGAGGCUGAGAAAAAAGAGGAAGGAAGGGGAGGAGUGGGGGAGAAAGAAGAGAGGAAGUCAGUGUCAACAUCACCUCCUCCGCUGAGGCCUCCUGUCCCCCCGCAGAGCCGAGCCGCUCCUCCUCUACCUCCUGCUCCUCUCCGUCGCACCUCCUCCAGGAAAAGCACUGACCGAGAGGUAGGAGAGGGGACGGAGAGAGAGAAGGGACAAAAUCCUGCAAAGAAAACUGAGAGAGAGGGGGGAGGAGAGAGAGGAAAGCAGAAAAUGGGAAGUAAACCAGGUCUGCUGGGUGAACAAGAGAACAGUAGUCAGCAUCAAGAGGAGGACAGAGAACAGAGAGACAGAGACGAUGAGAAGGAGGAAAAAGAGGUGAAAACUGACAAAGAGGACAAACUAAAAUCCAGCUCCCAGCACCCACCGCUGGGAAAGAAACCGUCCCGUCCGGUCCCUCCUCCCAGGACCAAACCCUGUUCUCCAGAGUCACCUGCAGGACCAGCCAAUCAGAGCCCUGGGAUGAGAAUACCUCCUCCAUCUGCAGGACGGCGGCCAGAUGUGUCACUGUAUUCACCACAGGGGGGCGCUGUGCUGGCAACAGACCCGGACUCCCUCUCCACCAGCAGCACCGAGGAGGAAGCAGAGCUGAACCAGGAACAGGAACAAAACCACAACCGCCUUGCAGGAAGCCGCAGCCCCAAAGCAGCAGUCAGGAGAACCCCGACCACGGUGAUGCUGGACCGAGCUCGCUACCGGCUGUCCACCGUCCUCACCGGACUCAUCAGCCAUGACCGCCGCCUCACACAGCGCAUCGUAGAGCUGGCCAGGGACCCUCUCAGCUACUUUGGUAACCUGGUUAAAGAGCACCGGGCCUUCACCUUGGAGACGAUGUCAAACCACCCGUCCUCCACCGAGCUGCUGCAGGAGAUCAGACAGAUGAUGACUCAGCUGAAGAGUUACCUCCUGCAGAGCACAGAGCUUCAGGCCAUGCUGGAGCCACAGCACCAGUACACACAGGACAAGUUGGAGAACAUUGUAGAAGCCGCUCUGUGUAAGAGUGUUCUGAAGCCGCUGAGGGAACCAGUCUAUCAGAGUCUGGAGAAACUGCACACCAACGACAGCAGCCUGAAACAGCUGGCACAGAACCAGUCUGUUGUCCUGGGCAGCACCACUACAGCGUUAGGAAUAACCACUGCUGUCCCAGAGGCCUCUGCCAUGGAGAAAAUCAGCAUCAAACUGAGCAAUCUCCAUCAGGAGUAUUCCCCUCAGAAGAAGAUCGAGCUGCUGCUGAAGGCCUGCAAGAUCAUUUAUGACUCCAUGUCUGUCAGCUGUCCAGGGCGGGCCCACGGCGCUGACGACUUCUUGCCUGUAAUGAUGUAUGUCUUGGCUCGAUCCAACCUGUCUGAUCUGCAGCUGGAUGUUGAGUAUAUGAUGGAGCUGAUGGACCCGUCAUUAACACUAGGAGAAGGUUCCUAUUACCUGACCACCACCUAUGGGGCUCUGGAGCACAUUAAGACCUUCGACCAGCAGAGGUCAGCAACACGGCAGCUCAGCAGAGAGGUUCAGGACUCCAUCCACCGAUGGGAGAGAAGACGCACACUCAACCAAGAACGCAUGGCCCAGGGAUCUGUUCGGGACUUUCUGACAGUAUGCUGUCCAGAGAUUGGAGCCAACCCAAAAACCUUGGGUGUCCUACCCACGACAACAAUGGAACAGCUAGCUGAGCAGUGUGCUGCACGCUUCGAACAAGAGUCCUACAUGCUCAGUGUGUAUAAGGAUGGCGUUCACCAGCCCAUGGCCCCUACAGAGUUGGCCCUCAGUGUGAAGAACAGCUGCCAACCAGGAGUCUACUGCUUCGUCUAUCACCCCAUCGGCAAAACCAGCGUCCAGCCGAGCCGCAGCUGCCCCACCGACCCUCCUCCUGCUCCGCCUGCACAGAGCUUCUUCCCAGCGAACAUGGAGGCCGUCGGUACGGUGGAGGCAGAGGCAGAAGAGGAGAGUCUGAUAAGCUUGUAGCUGCCCUAGCAUGGUGGUAACCAUGGCAACUACAUCACAGUGGUGCCUGCAUGAACACAGCAGUGAAACAAAAGUGAAGAGAAGCAAACAUUUAGGAAUAUGUUUUAAUCUCAGGUCUCACUUGAAAUAUUGAUCUAGUUGAAAUUUCUGUAAAAACACGAACACAAAGCAAGAACGACUGAUGUGAAGUAGAGCAUGCAGGGGAGCAUAAAAUACUGUUUUAUACGAGCUUAACUCUGACUGGUCUGGUGCUACAUGCUGCAAAAAUCACCAGAAAAGCAGCGAUUAAAUAAAAUGCGACAUAAAAAACUUAUUUUGUAUCUAAACGUGGGGUCUGGAACCCCAGAAACUGCAGGAGGUGGUGGUUUUAUAGAAUGUAAAAACACAUGUAAUGCUAACAUACAUUUAUAUAUAAUCAUGUUUAUACCGUUUACAACUUACUAUACUUGAUGCUACUGUCUCUGUUGAAGCUCUUCAAACAGUACUGGACUGGAUAAUUACUGUUUACUGGAUUCAGGAUGAUGUUAACAGGAUGAAUCUGUAAAGUCCACCACAUUUCCAUCAGUUUUACUUUGUGAAAGCAGCUGCUUGAACACCUUCAAUGGGGGAAAAAACAACUUUGAAAUAAUUUGUAUUUAAAGCACAUGUUUUAUAUCAGCUAAAUGACGAAAAAUCCCCAGUAAGCAUCAUAAUGUUUUAUUUCACACUCAUCUUCUACACAGAUACUGACCUUUCUGUAAAUAAACACAUUACAAGUUGA